AUGUCUACCCCUCAAGUCUCCCCCACCACCGGCAUGGGCCAGAACACUGGUGCCGCCGGCAACCAAGACUUUUUGGACAAGGGUGUCGAUGCUGGUCUCAAGCGAGCCGGACACGGUCAGAACGCUAGCACCACCGAGAAAAUCUCGGACGGUAUCCGAAGUGGAUUCAAGAAGAUGACCGGCAAGGACGUUCCCAUUAAGGACAAGCAGUAG